CUGCACUACACUGGAGGAUGUUAGAGUAGAGAGCAGCUCGCAUCCUGGGAGGAAACAAGCGAUAAGCAACUAAUCACAUCGUCAGCUGAACGAGAAAGGACGUUGUGUUUACCAACUUGCGGCAGGAGGCGGGGGGGUGGGGAGAGAAGCUACUGACUGUGCGCUCGAAAGGGGGACAUCAACCCUGACACUUGGCGGGGAAAGGAGAGAGAAGUUCACAUUCGUCCUCCAGAGUCUGAAGAGGAGAGGACUGACCGGACAGUGAUCGCCUCUGACCGGACAGUGAUCGCCUCUGUUGUGUGCACCAGAGAGAGAGAGAGAGAGAGACACUUUGUGAGCACCAGAGAGAGAGAGAAUCUGCCCCUCUAUAUGUCUACAAAGAUGGAGCAGCCUUUCUACCACGACGACACCUUCCUGGGGGGCUACGCCGGUGCCGAGGGCGGUCUGCACGAUUACAGCUCCAAGUACCUGAAGCAGAGCAUGAGCCUGAACCUGGGCGAGCCGGCCCGCUCGCUGAAGCCGCCUCACCUGCGGGGGGCCGAGGAGCAGCUGAUGGGCGCUGCCGCUGCCGCUGCUGCUGCCGCCGCGGACGUGGGGCUCCUGAAGCUGGCGUCGCCCGAGCUGGAGCGGCUCAUCAUCCAAUCGAGCAACGGGGUGAUCACCACCACGCCCAGCCCGGGCCAGUACUUCUGCGGGCGCAACAUCACCGACGAGCAGGAGGGUUUCGCCGACGGCUUCGUCAAGGCGCUGGAGGAGCUGCACAAGAUCAACCAUGUGGCGCCCAACGUGUCCAUCUCGUCCAGCCCGGGCAUGAGUUGCACUAGCGCCGCCCCCGUCCACGGCGCUUACGGCUCCUCCGAGGUGCCGCCGGUCUACACCAACCUGACCGCAUACAACGCAGCGAGCGGCGGGAGCAGCGGCGGGACUUACCCGAGCGCCACCAUCAGCUACUUACCCCAGCCCCACGCCUAUAGCAGCGGUGGACCCCUACCCCCGGUGGGCAGCGUGCACCUGACCGGCCCGCCCCCGCCUCAUCCCCAGCCCCAGCCCCAGCCCCAGCCCCGGCUCCAGCGGCUCAAGGAGGAGCCGCAGACCGUGCCCGAGGUGCAGAGCCGCGGCGAGACGCCGCCGCUCUCCCCGAUCGACAUGGAGAGCCAGGAGCGCAUCAAGGCGGAGCGGAAGCGCAUGAGGAACCGGGUGGCCGCCUCCAAGUGCCGCAAGAGGAAGCUGGAGAGGAUCGCCCGGCUGGAGGACAAAGUGAAGACUCUGAAAUCUGACAACGCCGGCCUGGCUUCCACCGCCACCGUGCUGAGGGACCAGGUCUCUCAGCUCAAACAGAAAGUCAUGACUCACAUCAGCAGUGGCUGCCAGAUAGUAUUAACUCAGAAACUACAGGGCUUCUGAGCAAAAAGAGAGUGGACUGGGGCCAGCCGGAGAGACUGAGUAAAUUUUGUUUGUUUGUAUUUUCAGGAAAAAAAAAUGAGGGAGUGAAAAGGAAAUCUUUGGGGUUUUUUUUUCCCUAAUGACACUGGAACUCCCUAAAAAGUUGCAUGUGGUUCGGUUGAAAAAGCGCGUUGGGCGAGACAAUCCUGAAUUAAGUCUGUAACGCCAGAUAACUGUCCACAUCGGUCAUGGUAGCGCAGGAGAAUUUAAAAAGAAAACCUAUGGUCAUUUUGUUCUUUAUCUUAACUAAAGAAGGACACUGACAGUUCUCUCUUGAAGCUGCACACAGUUAAUUUGUAAAUUAUUCCUCUUGUUUUUUUUUGGAAAAAAAUGUUAUGUUUUAGUUUGUAACAAACUCAGUUCGAUUUUGUGUUUUUAUUUUGACAAUCUUCAUGUUUUUAAGUAUUUAAGUAAAUAGUUUAAACUGUGAA